AUACUUUUUUCACUACCGUCUCUUAACAGAACUGAGGAUGUUCUGUCUUUAUUGUGCCAAGCUUCCACUGUCAAGAACCAAUUCUACUCUGAAAUAACUUCAUAGACCAAAGUGACUGAAACAGAAGUGAACAUGAAUUAAUAAUACGGUCCUCUGUAGCAUAAAUGCUAAGUCACAUCUUGAUCCAGUGAUUGAGCACCUGGUGGGAAAGCAGGGUCAACCCAGGGGAGCUCAUGUGCAUGCAAUGUACCUGAGUGAGCAGAGGGGGUGGAGCCAGGAUCCACCCCUUCCCAGAGCUCAUGCAAAGGCAGCAGUGUGGAGGCAAGGGUGUUUUGCCUGAGAUCCUUGUGUACCUGAGGUCUUCUGAAGAGCGUAUGCAGACCAGCGAUCCAAACUGAGUCUUCUAUCGUGGUGCAUCUGAGAUGGCCAGCUGACCAAGUGUACCGCAAAUGAAUGGACAAAUUGUGUUUUCUACAUAAUUAGGUUCAGUAAUCCUUCUCCCCUCUCAGAACUGUGGAGGAGCAAGGUGGAGCGUUGUACUUCUGAGAAAGGAUAUAAAGCUGCUGGCGUUUGCCCAUCAUAAGGAACAAGGACCUGCUCACAGGAAAAAAAAAAACCAAAAAAACAAAAUGGAGAAUCUCAGAGGAGCUGAAAACUGACUUUCCCUGAGGUGGAAAAAAAAAUAGUAGUUUACACCAUUUCAACAGAUCCCAAUUGCUCCAAGAAACAAAACAGAACACUUGAAGACUAGGAGGCUGGCUUGGGAUAGUGGAGGGCCUCGUAUUGGCUUCCUUGGUGGACUUCAUUUUCUUAAGCUGGGCAAUUUCUGUCAAGAACAUCUGUUACAGGAUUGAAAUGAAAGUGUUGCCUCAAGAAAUCAUUCAAAGCCCACCAUGGCACCCCAGGUUUGAAGAACCAACGAUUUGUCCACCACUAGGUUUUGCCAGGAUUCACUUGAUCAAAGACAAAGAUGGCAUAGAUGAUUAUUUGGCGAAGAAUAUCAAAGGGUUGUCAAAACAAGAAGCUGCGGCUAACAGGAAUUCAUACAAGAAGAACAUCUGCAUAGACAUGCUGCGACAGGGUUAUCACAAGUCCUUCUCCGAGCUCUUCACUCUGAUACAGAAGUGGAAUGCCUUGAGGGAGGCUGCAGGGCCUGGGUCAGCCAUAUGGCAGCGGCAGUCCCUGGAGGAGCAGCCUGAUAAGCUGGAUCAGCUUUACCACUUCCUGACCAGGGCUGAGGCAGCCCAGCGAGCAGGGAACUCUGAGGAAGUUUAUGAUAACCAGCUUAACGUGGCCUACUGCUUCGACGACUCUGAGGAGAAACAGUUAAGGAAUUACUUUUAUGAACAAUGCUUUAACACUGCUCAACUAAUAAAAACUGAUGGUGGGAAAAGACAAGCGCAAGCACAUGCGUAUAUGGGCCUUAUCAAUGAGGAACAAGGUCAUGUCAUGAAGGCUGCUGAGCAUUAUGAAGAAUUUUACCAGCUAACAGAAGGUUCAACGUGGAAGGAUGAGACAGGCCACACUUACUAUUCACUGGCAUGUGAGCAUCUUUGGAGAAUUUAUAUAUUACAAGCAGACAAAAUGCUAGAAAACAAAGAACGACAGCAGGCCAUCAGAACAUUAAUAAAAGCUAUCAGAAUGGCAAAAAACGGAGGUGAUAAGAAGAUGGAAGGAGAAGCUGCAUAUUGCUUAAGUUUAGUGUAUCAUUUUGCUGGAGAAGAGAAGACAGCAUUAUCAAUUUUGAACACCUCUAUAAAAAUCUUUACAGCGCUGUGUGAUUCUGCAGGCCUAAGAAGAGCAUAUGAAGCUAUAGACAAGAUCCUGGUAAGUCAGGGAAAGGUGGCUGAAAGUCUUGCGCGCUUGGAAGAGUUUAAGAAGGUUGCUGAGAAUGCUCAUCUAAGCCAAAGUGUGGUGGAUGCAUGUGUGUUGAUCGGGAACAUUUACAAUGAAAGAGGGAAUUACGACAAAGCUCUUGAAUAUUUCACUCAGGCUUUCGAGGCAGCAAACACUUUAAAUGAUUUGUUCUUAGCUAAUGAAACAAGGACUUAUUGUGGCAUUGCAAAGGCUCAUAAACUGAUGGUGGCAUUUAACAGCCGUAUAGAAGCAGAGGAUCCCAUCAGCCUCAAGUACUUGCUGGCAUGGAAGGAGAACAGAAGCGACAUGUGCACUGACCCUCUCACAGUCGAGCUCGAUACAGAAACAAGCCCAUGUGAGCCUCCUCCAGAAACUAGCCCCGGUGAAUCUCUUCCAGAGACCCAAAUUCCAGAUCAUUCCUGAAAACACCUGCUUACUUACAGCGAAGCUGAUAGAUGAACGUCGUGAGUUCAGGAAGAUCUCUGGAAACUCGGGCAACAAAGUAAGAACAUUGGUGGAAGUUUUGUUGUUUAAGUAAAAGCACGUUGUAUAAAUACAUGUUAGCUCUAAGUCCCUAAACGACCGAUGUCAUAUGUGUGGCUCCGUGUCUAUAUAAAAAAUAGCUACUGUCACUGAAAUAAAUGCGUAAGGAAAGAGUAACGUAGAGCAGUGUGCUUAUUGUUUGUGUCACUUACUGUCUUUCAGAGUGUUAAGAGACCAGGCAUCCUAUAUGCCUGAGAACCCAAGGUUCUCAGUAUGCCGGAAGAUCACUUUCUAGAUGUCUGGAUAUCUUCUUUUAAUCACAAAUUAUUGCCCCAUUCCGAUGAAAUAGACUCGAACCUUGAUGCCUUAUCAGUGGAGCUUCCCAUAAUUUUUAGUAUCUGUGCUUAACGACUGUGGCUCAACCAUGACCUGAGUAGAAUAGGCAACAGGUUCCACUAGUGACCCACAGAAGUCUGACUCCCAUGGUCUUCACAGGUGUCAGAGGUAUUUCUCAGCUGCUGUCACUGUUAACCACAAGAGCAGUGAAGGGACAGAAGGUGGUGGCUAUUGCCUUGCAAAGUUCAUGGCAAAGCAGACUUAGGAACUUGCAGAUUUUAUUUAGGAAAACUGGUUCAAGCUUUUGUAAUUUCACAUAUUAGAAAACCUGUUCUUUGAAACUUCAUAAAUAUGAAUAAUUGACCUCUCCUAUCUGUAAGCAGAGGUUUCCAGAGCCAGAGUUUGAAGCAAGCACUAUUGGAUUUUAGUCAUUUUCUGUGAUGGUCUUUAAGUAAGCAAUAGCUUUUGUCAUAGUAAUAACUCAAUUCAUUGGUUUUCUUCAGCGUUGCAAUCUGAGUAACUGGUUGACAUGUGACAAAAGGGUUUUGCCUCUAAAGGAGUGGGGAAAAAUAUACCAUUAUUUAGCUCACAUUUGACCAUUUUUGAUCGAUGAAAGCAUAAAUACCUAAUUAUAAUUUUAUUCUUUUACUUAGAGGUCUUCAUUGCCUAAAUACCAGGCUUAUUACCAGUUUUCAUUUAGAAUGUUUUCAGAAGACUGAGAAUUUGUAUAGGAAUUUUCCUACAUACCUACGCACAUGUAUAAACAUACAAAUAUGCUUAGUCAGUGUUUAAAAAACUGAAACAGUUGAGGCAAGGAAGGAAAACAGGACCAUGAAAUAAACAUAAACAGUAGCAGUAUACAGUUUAGUCAUUAUAUUUUAAUCCUAUUGAUACAAAAAAAAAAAAAAAAGAA